CAAGGUUAACUAUUUCAUUUAUCACGUGUAGCUCAUGUAAGUCAAUCCAAUAUGAAAUUCAUUAUUUCUUUAAAAGUAAUUAUUAAUUAACAGUGACAGUGACUGAAUAUAGUGCACGUGAGGCUAUUGUUUUUCCUAUUAAAUGAUAAACUUUACGGGAAAAGCAUCAAAAACUUACUUUAGGAAUAAUGGAUGAAAUUGUAGAUAGUGAACAGUUAGCGGAACUAGAAUCACUUCUGUACAGUCAAAUUCAUUAUUCUGUUGAUACACAACCAUCACUGCCACCAGCAGAAAUGUCUUCAGAAUCACCAAAAAACAAUCAAAAUGUUUACGCUCGUCCGAGAUAUUUUGGCCGGAAUCCUCCAGCAACACAUCCGAAAGAAAAGGAAAUUGUAACACAGGUUUUGAAUACAGAUAUAAUUCCAUUAACCCAGAAUCAAAUGGUUUCUCAAAAUCCUCCCAAUGAAAUGCCAGCAGUUCACAUCCAUCAACCAAUUCAAUUCAAAAUGCCUCAGUUCUAUCAGCAACCAGUUAAUAAUAUUGUAUUUAUGCCUCCAAAUAUUCCACCAAUGAAUUCAGUUCAAGUCAAUAAUGCAGCCAGAAAUCAAAGACGAAAAAUUAACAAACAAUUAAAAAAGUCUCAUGAAAUGACUGUGCAGCAAGCUAUCCAUGAUGCUGAGGUGUUUAGACAUUUAAAUCAGGAAGACAGAUCUAGAGUUUUAAAAAUACAAAAAAGACAACGGUAUUUGGCAAGAAAAAGGGAGAGAAAAAAAUUGUUGAAGGAACAGGAAGCAAUUGAGAAAUUUAAUGCAUCUAUUAAAGAUAAGACUGCAACCAAACCAGCAGAAAAACCAUUGAUUGUGAAUGAAAUAAUUGAGUUAUCUGAGUCGGAAGAUGAUGAAAUUGUUGCUGUGGAAGAGAAAAUUGAGACAGUAGUGGUCAGUUCAGAUGAGGAAGAUAAACCACCUAAAAUAGAAAUACCAACACCGACACCGAGUAUAGUCACAGAAGGGGACGAUGGUUCAGUGCAAUUUGUUGAAACUCCUGUUGCGGAACCGAUCGUUCUCGAUAUUGAGCCAGAAAUUGUGGCUGGUCCUUCAAAAACCGACGCUGAGAUGAUGAAACCGCCGUCGGAUCCGGAAACUAACUCGCUUGCUUCGUCUGCGUCGGCUUUGUCAACUGAUAAACAUGAUAUGAAUGCACCGAUUACUCCAAAAUCAUUACGAUUAAGGCAAAGUAGACAAAAAGAGCUAUUGAACACUCCUGAGUCAUCCAAUGAUUUCUUGGAUACGACUUUGGAUGUCUCUCAACAGAAUUUUAACUUUGGUUUGCAUGGAAAAGACCUUUGCGUAGAGAAAAACAUCCUUAAUCCACGAGUUUUGGCAGACGCAUGUGAGAGUGAAAGUAGUUGCAGUACCAGUGAUAUUUCGUCAAUAAAACAACCUGUGUUCCAUGAGAUUGAGUUUGAAAGUCCUGCUAAACAGUUGUUUUCCGAGGUUGAUUUGGAUUCGUUCAGUGAAUACAUUACGCCAAAACGGAAAGCUUUAAAUACGUCGGCUUUAACAUCAAAUAUUGCAUCUCCAGAAGGACCUGAUGAAGCAGAACCUUCGAAACAAUUAAGUGCUAAGAACACUUCAGAUUCUGAGUCUAGUUCUGAGAGUGAACUGGAAGAUGAAGGUGUGAAUGUACGACCUGUGGUUCCUAAGCGAAAACGUUUGCCUAGUUUGUCACAUUUUGAUGUUUUGGAGACUCCGGCCCAAAGCACUCCUGUUGCCAAAACUAAAAAUAAAAAAAUUGUUAAAGCAGCGAAUAAAUUUGACUUUAUCAAAGAUUUUGUUGAAGAACAAACUAAACAGGAUGAAGUUGUAGAACCGGAAACACCGAAAGAGAAAAAACGCAAGAAACGGAAACGAAAGAAUGCGAAUGGUAAAGAGAAAGCAGAUACUGCUCAAACAGAAAAUACUGAAGUUAACGAUGAAGUUGAUCCUAAAUUGGGAUCAAAAAAGAAACGGAAAAGACAAAAGAGUAAGUCUGAUACUGAAAUAGAAAAGCCUUCAACAAACACCCCACAAAGAGGAAGUAAAAAGAGAGUUAGUACUAAGUCUGAUAGCGAAAUAGAUGACAUUCAUGAAAAUGACAAGAGGAGCAAAAAGAGAACGACUAGCAAAUCAGAUACUGGCACAUCGGAAGUUGUAAAUGAAAAAGAAACAGACGACACUACCACAAAUCAAUUGCCAGUUAAACGAAGAAAACGAAAAUCUAGAAGCGAAUCUAAUGUAGAAGAAUCGACUCCUGCUUUAGAGCCAUCGAGUAACGUUAAUGAUAAAGAAGAUGAAGUAACAGUUAAUGUAGAAGUUGUAGAUGAAGAAUCUCCGCCAACAGAAGACGAAGACGAAGAAAAUUGUGACUCCAGUGUUGAAAUCAUCGAUAUACCUCCGGAAUUAAUUAAUAUAUCAUCUAGCGAGGAAGAUAAUGAAAAAGAUGAUCAUGAACAGGAGCAGGAAGCUGAUAGUACCGAUGAAGAAAUGCCUUUUGAUCGGGAGGAAUUGGAAAGUUUGGAAACCAAUUUGGAGUUGUCCAAUGUUCAGAAUGAUACACAAAAUUCGUGGGAUGUUCAACACGAUCCUGAACAAUCGAUCAAUUAUGAUGACACGCAAAGCGAAGACAUAGUUGUUUCAAUAGAUGAUAAUUUGGAAACAUCAAAUGAAGAGGAUCUAGCGGUACACCAAAGUUGGUGCACGCCUGGGUUUGAUUUAGAAGGAGCCUUAGCUUCUAUGUCAAGUGAACAGCGAAAUUGGAAAAUUAUGGAGCGUGAUCGUAUUCAUGUCAAAUUGUCGCAGCGUGGUAUUCGUUGUAAAAGGUGUAGAGAGUUUGGUCAUUUAACAAUUGAUUGUUUGCGCCAAAUCAUACGCUGCUGGUUAUGCGGAGAAGUCGGUCAUCAAGAGCCGAGAUGUCCACAUAAAAUAUGCACGAGUUGCGGUCGUAAGUGUAAUUUUUUCACUAACAACUGUGGAUAUUGCAGGCGGUUUGCUCACCGAAAGUGCAACAUUUGCGGUAUCAGAGGACAUACUCAUGAAAUGUGCCCUGACUUGUGGAGAAGGUAUCAUUUAACUACGGAACCCGGCGAAAUUAUCGGAUCUACGCUUGGUCCUAAAAUGCUGAAAUCUCGCAGUAACCGAUGGUGUUCCGGAUGUGGUAAACAGGGACAUUUUGAAGACAGUUGCAAUUAUUACAACCGGCAACUUAGUCGUGUCAGUAACUACAUUCAUAAGUACAUAGACGUGUACAAGAUGUCUAGAAAUCUAAAGCUAAAGCCAAAGUCUGAUAAAUUGACAGUUAAACCAACACCAGCACCACCCGAGCAGCGAGUUGAAGAAGAGACAGAAGAAGUCCAUGAUCUAUCAACAGAAAGCGGAAAUGUAGAAGUCGAAAUAGUAGACGAAGAAGCAGUAGAAGAAGUAGAGCAAGAGGAGGAGGCAGUAGAAGUAGAGGAUGAAGCUGAAAAAGGAGAAGAAACACAGAAAGAAGUAGAAGAAGAAGAGGCAGUGGAAGAAGUCCAGGAUCUAGUAGAACAUGACGAAAACGAAGUACAACACCAAAAACUCGAGACGAGCUUUCACAUGUGCAGAGUCGCAACUGAAAUGCUUCGUACGGCUAAAGGUAAUGAGUUCCUAAAGUCACUUUGCGAUCAUUUGGACAUGAAAUUCACCUUUGAAUCAGUAGGAAUUACUAACUUAAUUACAUUGUGCGGUUAUCCCACUGACUUGAUUGAGGUUUCGAAAGUAGUAAAACAAUUUAUUUCUAAUCCAUUAAUGACUGAAAAGAAAUUAAGUCUAUCAAGUAAAAACUGGAAAAAUGUGAAAGCCAAUUAUGACAUACUAGUGCAACUAUCUAAAAACUUUAAAGUAGCGGUCACAUGGUGCGCGGAGAAAAGACAAAUCAGCUUAUUCGGAUCGGUCUUUGAUAUAUUAUUAGCUGCUCAUAGUUUAAUCAACUCAAUAUCGGCUGAGACGGAAUUGCCCGGUAAAGAUUCAAUUUGUUUUAAACCCAGUAUAAUAGAGUAUAUAAGGGGGCAUCCACGGAUGAAAGAACUGGAGGAGCACUACUCUAUCAAGUGGAGCAUUAAGAAACGGCAAGUGGUGCUUGUAGGAGCCACAAUCGAUAUCAAAUGCAUGAAACAAGAAAUUAAUAAUUUUGUAAAGAAAGAUACCCGUAGACCAACGUUUUUGUUAUGGAGAGUUAAUGAAAUAAUAAAGCACACUGAUAAUCCCCAAGUGAUAACUGCCGAGUUUGUGGAGAAUUCACUGAAAGCCGAAGACGUAACUCCAUUGAAUGCCAUUGUCUUACGUGAGGAGCCAUUUUUUCAACAAUUGAAACAACUGCGCGACAAACUCGAAUCUCGGCAAAAUGUUGAUAAAAAGCUGUCACAAGAAGCGGAUUUUUUGAUAACUGAAUUCACCCGAAAGCGAAAUAAGAAAUUUUAUAUGAAUUAUUUAAGCAAAAUUGAAGAAGAACGAAAGACGAAAGAAGAAGAAAGAAAAAAGAGUGAUGAAUCACUAACUUAUUGUAUGGACUUAUCGCCAGCUCAAAUGAGCCACGUUUUGAAUACACCAGAAGGCAUUGAUUUUUUAAAAGAAUUAAACGCUGACUUCCGCGUCGAGGUAAUGGAAGAUCUGUCAAAACUAUUUCUGUACUGCAACGUGGGACAGAAGGAUGCUGUAGUGGACAAAAUAGAUUUGUAUUUUCUCAUUUACGAUAUACAAUUGCCGGUGAAACCGAUUGAGCUCCACAGGAAAUUGGCCAAAUGGUUGGCGUAUGCCAAACUGGACUAUUACACCACCACUUGCGGCAUACUUUUCGGAAGUAUUGAUAAUGAGAAGAAAAACAGCAUGCAGUUUAAACAAUUACACGGAUUGUUCUUUGCAAAACAUAAACUUUUGGAUGGUCAUAAGCACCUUGAUACGAUUAUGCAUUACAUGGAGAUUCUUCCGCGAAAAAAGAACUCUACAUUGAGUCUCGCGGAAUAUCGCCGCAUUAAAAUGGCGGCAUUAUAUUUAUUUUGUCCAGUUGCGAUGGACAUUCCUUAUGCCAAACUUAUUCCAUUGACCGUACCGCCGCAAGUUCCUCGAAUUCCUCCGGAAGAGUACGAUAGCACGCUCGCAGAGGUGAAAAAUUGCAUCGAGUUUGGUUUAGCUAAACUUUCAAAGGAGUGUGCUGAGACAAAGAUUGUUGAGUUAGAGGUAAUUAACUGGUAUUUGAAACGUCAUGAAUAUUCAAAGGGUUCGUUAGAAAUUGCGAAAGCGUUCUUACUUGAAAAUGAACUGGAUUUUGGACAGUUGAAAAUAUAAAGUUUUUGAUAUUUGAAUUAAGAUAGAAUCUAUUGGACUGGAACACGGUAAUAAUGUGUUAGAAUUUGUUGUUUUGUUAAAAUGUUUCAUUAUUGGCGUAUGAUAUCGUUUGUUGAUUGAUUUAGCAUUUAAGGGCAUUAGCGGAUCUUUUUACAAUAUUUUUAUAUGCCAAAAUUUUGUUAAUAAUGAACCAAAAGUGGAUAUUUAUUGAAUAAAUAUUUUCAUUUUAUAGUAA